GCUGGACCAACGUCGACCUGUCUUCCCACCAUUUCGUGCAUAUUUCCUCUCCAAGGUAUUUCUGCGCUUGACCUGGAAAUUUCCUGAAAGUCAACAAGUUGAGAACAAUUUUGCAACUGUGUACGCCGCUGCGACGCUGCCUUGUCUUGGAGAUCAAAUCUUACUACGCUAUGGAAAAAAACCAGAAGGAUCAGGAACGGGAAAUAAAUUUGUUACUCCGACGGGCCAAGGAGAGUACUGAGAAGGGUUCUCCGCCCAGGAAGGCUGCUCUUCAGAAGCUUAUCGACAUGUCCCAUUCCUCCAGCGCUUACUUCAAGAUUCUUGCCGCCCAGAACAUCAAAUUUUUCUUCGCCGACUUUCCUGAGCUCGAAGAGGAUGCCAUCAAUGCGGUGUACGAUAUCUGUGAAGAUCAGUCUAGCAAGGUUAGAAAGGAAGGGUACCUCGCAAUUACGGGACUCUCAGCGGCUGAUAACGACUGGGUGAAACGAAAUACGGACGUGUUGUUGCAGUUGCUUCAAAGUGAGGAGCCGGAAGAAGUUGCUGUAAUCAAGACCGCUUUAAGGGAACACCUAGUCAUGGCGCCUUCCGUUACCCUUGGCGUAUUAUUUGACCAAAUCGUUCCCGCUGACGACAGUAUGGACGAAGAGGAAAUGGCCAUACGGGAACGGUUACGUGGGCUUGUGCUCGCGUUUAUGACGAACGAAGCCAAGGAAACUAUCAAUCAAAAUCCCAAGCUCAAUAAUCAAUUCGCGGAUGGACUUACGCUUGCUAUACCGCGAUUGGCUGAUAACGAAGCGGCAUCAUUUAUUCGAGAACACAUACUCCCUUUGUCUAUGUUUAGCUCGCGCUCUCGUCAGGGGAAUCUCCUCCUACAAGCCGUGAUACGGAAACUUGAGGCAUCGGACUUCAAGCGCUCCCCCCUGUCCACAACGACAAGAUCCUAUCUCAGUUUGGCCCAUCAUCUUGCUGUCGACAAGAUUGCUUCUCCUCUGGACCUUCUCAGAUUUUACUAUGGCUCCCUGACUUCAAAAAUAACACUGAUGAGAUUAUCCCAAGAUGAUCAGACACUAGUACUCUGUCAAUUGGCCGAAAUUCUGGCAGCGUGCGAAGAAGAUCUCAAAAACUCCCGACCACGGGAACGAGAACAGCUACAAAAGCAGGUUUAUGCCAUCGUUGAUGUUUCCCCCAUCUUUUUCGAGCGUUUAAGCGGUUCCAUCGACUCAAAUGAGCGAUCGAGGAAGGCCUGCGAGCUGCUGUUGAAUUCAUGUAUACAAGUAAGUACCUUUGAUGCAUCUUUUCCUUCUCUGAAUGUACUUGGCAGCGUAAAGCGCAGCAAGAAUGGGCUGUGCCCACAUCAAUUAGUUCAGCUGUUCAAGCCUUGUCGGCCAAGACCUCAAAUCAGGCACUUCAAUUACUUAUUAGGUCUCUAGCAUCCACAGUGGUCCCGACCUCCACCGCCACUACCGGUCCAUCCAAUGUUACAAAUAUAUCGGCGGCAACGAGGCCAGCCGCCCGGGCAUCAGUAGAUGUAUCACGCAAAAUGAGGAUAUCCAGUCGAGAUGCCGACCAUAUAAUGAACGACGCAUCCCCCCCAGCCAAUCCAAGCAAACGCAAUUCCCCCCG